AUGGCAGACUCGGAUGCGAGUUUGGCCAGCUCACCAAAGAAGAAGCUCAUCCUUCAUGCCUUUGUGGAGUCUUGCAGUGGCCACCAGUCUCCCGGGCUGUGGCAACACCCAGACGAUAGAUCGUCAAACUUCAACAAUGUGUCCCAUUGGGUCGAACUUGCAAAGCUCCUCGAAAAGGGCAAGUUCCAUGGCAUAUUCAUAGCCGACGUACUGGGAUCCUACGAUGUUUACAAAGGCCCAAAGAAUCCCGACCCUGCAGUCGUAUCCGGAGCCCAAUGGCCUGUGAAUGAGCCGCUCGCGGUUGUUCCCGCCAUGGCAGCAGCAACAAAAAACAUUGGCUUCGGGGUAACCGUAGCUACUACCUAUGAACAACCCUAUCACCUGGCCCGGCGCCUAAGCACCGUCGACCAUCUCACCGGCGGACGCCUGGGAUGGAACAUUGUGACGGGCUAUCUCGAUUCUGCGGCUCGAAAUCUCGGAUUCACCGAACAGCCGCCGCACGAUGAGCGAUACGCCAUAGCAGAGGAAUACGUCGACGUCACCUACAAACUCUGGCAAGCCUCAUGGCGGGACGAUGCCGUCAAGCUCGACCCCAAAACCAGGGUAUACACUGACCCGUCGCUCGUCCGAACCAUCAACCACGCGGGCAAGUACUUCACCGUACCGGGACCGCACAUCUGCCAGCCAUCGCCUCAGCGAACGCCCCUGAUCCUACAGGCAGGCACGUCGAGCGCCGGCAAGGCCUUUGCGGCCAAGAACGCCGAGGCCAUCUUUGUCGCCGGCCACAGCCCGUCGACAAUCGCCAAGAACAUUGCCGACAUCCGACAGCAGGCGAAGACGCAGUACAACCGCGACCCCCGCUCCAUCAAGUUCCUGACGCUCUUCUGCCCGGUGCUCGGGAAGACGCAGCAGGAAGCCGAGGCCAAGUACCGCGAGUACCUGAGCCACGGCUCCGAGGACGGCGCGCUGGCGCUCUUUGGCGGCUGGACGGGCAUCGACCUCGCCAAGUACGGCGACGACGAGGAGCUGCGGCACGUCGAGUCCAACGCCAUCCGCUCGGCCGUCGACGCGUGGUCCAAGUCGACGCCGGAAGUGCCCAGAUGGACCAAGCACACCGUCGCAAACCACAUCAAGAUAGGCGGGCUCGGGGCCACCGUCGUGGGCACCCCCGACAGGGUCGCCGACGAGAUGGAGAGGUGGGUGGCCGAGGCCGACGUGGACGGGUUCAACCUGGCGUACGCCAUUCUCCCGGGGUCGUUUGAGGACAUCAUUGAGCUUCUGCUGCCGGUUCUGCGCCAACGGGGCUUGUUCUGGGACGACUACGCCGUGGAGGGGGGCACGUACCGAGAGAAUCUGUCCGGGGAGGCUGGGCAAAGGAUUCCAAGGGAGGAUCAUCCGGCGAGCAGGUACCACUGGAAAUCUGGGGAUCAGCCGGCUCUUACGGGGUAA